CUUCUAGAUUGUCAUGGUGCACUAAAGGUUGAAUUUGUUUUCAAUAAUUUUCAUAUUUUUCUUAAUAAUAAAUAAGUAAACAUAAACAGCAAAAAUGAACAGAAUUAUCCUGAACCACUGUCGAUGCGUUAAAAAAUCAACAUUAUUAUGGGAGACCAAACAAUAUCAAAAUAUUCCAUAUAUUACUCUCUCAAGGUCAUUGUCAUAUUACACAACCCAACCACUAAGAUUGCAGCAUGAUAUUACUCAGAAGCCUCUGAAUUCGACAAUAUUUUCACCAUUUUAUUUGCGACAUUUGUCUACAAGUAAUUAUUAUUUUGAAAAGGAACCACUAAAGCCUUCUUCAAAAGUUGAAGCAACAGUUGUGACAAUAAAGAAGGAAAUAGAAGAAAAAGAAAAGCUUCCUAAGAAGCAAGAACAGAAGAAGAGCAUAAAAGAGAGGAUUAUGAAUGAGUUGAGGCAUUACUAUCACGGUUUUAGGUUAUUAUUUAUUGAAGUGCGUAUCUCUGCAACAUUGAUCUUUAAAAUCUUAAGAGGACAAUCAUUAACAAGGAGAGAACAUAGAUUGUUGGUCACUACUAUUGGAGAUGUGUUCAGAAUGGUGCCUUUGAUUGUUUUCAUUGCAGUCCCAUUCUUAGAAUUUGCACUUCCAAUAUUCCUUAAACUGUUUCCCAAUAUGUUACCAUCUACAUUCGAAAGUAGUAGUCAGAAAGAGGCCAAGUUAAAGCAACAUUUGAAAGUUAAACUUGAAAUGGCAAAGUUCUUCCAAGAAACCCUAGAUCAGAUGGCUCCUCAAGCGAGCAACAGACAUUCUGAGUUGGCUAAGGAGUUCUCUGCAUUCUUUAAUAAAAUAAGAACGUCGGGUGAUGUGGCGACCAGUGAAGAAAUUAUGAAGUUCUCCAAGUUGUUUGAAGAUGAAAUAACACUAGAUUCACUGGGGCGGCCACAUUUAGUAGCUCUGUGUAAAGUACUUAAUGUAUCCACGAUUGGCACUGGUGCCAUGUUAAGGUUUAAUCUUAAGAUGAAGUUGAGGUCAUUGGCAGCAGAUGACAAAAUGAUUGCCAAGGAGGGUGUCGACAGUUUAAAUUUCAGCGAGUUACAACAAGCUUGCCGGGCGAGAGGUAUGCGUGCGUAUGGCGUUUCCGAGGAGAGGUUAAGGAAGGAAUUGAGGAAUUGGUUGGACUUGUCUUUGAAUGAGAAGGUACCUCCAUCUCUACUGUUGCUCUCUAGAGCUCUAAUGGUGCCAGAGCAUGUGCCAACAACAUACAAGCUGAAAGCAACCAUUUCGGCUCUACCAGAACAUGUUGUCAUGCAAACUAAAGCUGCCAUUGGAGAGAAGGAGGGUAAAGUUGAUUUCAAGGCUAAACUUGAAGUUAUUAGGUUAGAAGAGCUGAAAAUUAAAGAAGAGAUUAAAGAGAUGCAAGAAGCUGAGAGAGAGAAGCAAAUGUUGGAGACUAAGAAACGCCAAAAAGAGGAGCUCAAAGACAAAGCGCCAAUUCUUGAAGAUAUUGGUUCUGUAUUAGUUGAUCCUGCACCAGUUAUCGCAGUUGACACUCCCAAACCAAAGGACGACGAAGGCCUAUCGACAAAAGACAUUGAGGUUAUUGAAGACGCUUUAGAGAAAUUAGCCGAACAAAAGAAAUCAUUGCUACUGGAAAAGGAAAGUAUUCAAGAACUUAAAGGGGAAUUGUCUGACUACAGGGAAGAUGUGCAGGAAAUGGAUGAGAUUGUUAAAACUAAACAAGCGGAUAUUAAACUAACUAAGGGUGCUAGAAGAUUAUACCGUGCAGUGAACAACAUGAUCAGCAAAUUGGACGCUGCAUUAGUUGAACUAGAGGACAAAGAGAAAACACUCAAAACAACGCUCGAACAAACGAAAUCCGAGCCACAAAAGGCAAAGGAACAGUUGAUUCAGAUCGACGAAUUGAUGCAUUCCAUAAAGAGUCUACAGAAGGUGCCCAAUGAGGCUAAACUCAAGUUGAUUCAGGAUGUACUAGGAAGGCUGGACGAUGACUUUGAUGGGCAACUGAAGAUUGAUGACGUUUUGAAGAUGCUCGAGAUAAUUGGCAACGAGAACGUGAAUCUAUCUGAAAAGCAAAUGGCGGAACUCAUCGAGUUGUUGGAUAAGGAGGAGAUAUUGGAGGUGGAGAGCAAAAUACAGAAGGCAUUGGACAAAGCGGCCAGCAUUGCUAAGGAACAGGAUAAGUCCAGUGAAACAGAGGGAAAGAGCCUCUUCGACUUGAUACGGGAAGCGCAAAAGCGGCGGGAGAUUAAGAAAGCCGCCGAGAAGUUCGGCGAACAGCCGCCCAUACCAAAGAGUGAAGUCGUCACCAAACCGGAGGAGAGCAGUAAACGGCCGGAGAGCCAUUGAUAACGCGAUACCAUAGAUAAUGUGUAAAUACAACGUACUCGUGUACACUUGUAGAGUAAUUGUUCAUGCUAUAGCCGUUCAACGAUGAAUGGGAAGCGAAGUGCUGUCUUAUCUAGAUUAGUCACGUUUGGGGGAACAGUUUUUAAUUCCGCCAGGUGCGAGGUUGACAUUGCACAUCGAAGUACAGUGUAAGAAUACAGAUAAAAAAUAAUUUUGACAGAUAGUUGUGUUGUCAUUUUUAGAAAUUUACAUAGAUAAAAAAUAAUCUUGACAGUUCGAUAUAUUGUCCUAUUUAUUAGAUACUGUGGUUGUUUUAGUAUAUGGACGUUUUAAUAAUA